AUGAAUCGACAGACCCGAUUUCGGAGGACAACAUUCGUGGCCGGAAAAUCGUGGAUAUGGCCGUCUCAUCGCACUCCCGACAUUAUUGUGCUGCUGGGUGUGGAUAUGUGGUCCAUUAUGAAAGUUCAAGUGGCCUACCGCCAGGGGCGCUGGAAAAGCCUAAAUGGGAUGUCCAUUGCGCGUUCAUUUCUGGGAAUUGGAUACUUCGGCCUCUUGCCGUCAACUAAG